CUCGUCAACGCCGUCGUCACUGCUGACAUCACCUCCCUACUAGUGACUGCUGUUAUCAAGAUGGCGCUGCGGCCAGGAUCUGGGGGAGGCAGCAGCUUUAUGUAUCCUGUUGGAGGGGGCUUGGGACCUCCACAAGGCAUGGUACCUAUGCAGCAACAGCAACCACAGCAACAGCAGGGCUUCCCUAUGGUUCCAGUCAUGCAGCCUAACAUGCAGGGCAUGAUGGGAAUGAAUUUUGGGGGUCAGAUGCCCCCAGGUGCCAUUGCUAUGCAGGGUGGGAUGGCGAUUGGGAUGCAGACCCCUGGGAUGCAGUUCUUGGGCCAACCACAGUUCAUGGGUAUGCGACCCGCUGGACCACAGUACACUGCUGACAUGCAGAAACAAAUGGCCGAGGAGCACCAAAAACGCUUGGAGCAUCAGCAGAAGAUGCUGGAGGAAGACAGGAAAAGAAGACAAUUUGAGGAGCAGAAACAGAAGCUGAGGCUGCUCAGCAGUGUCAAACCCAAGACAGGGGAAAAGAGUCGUGAUGAUGCUUUAGAGGCAAUCAAAGGCAACUUGGAUGGAUUCAGCAGAGAUGCAAAAAUGCACCCCACUCCAUCAUCACAGACCAAGAAGCCAGACUCAUCACCAUCACAUCUGUCUGUCACCACUCCCUCCCUCCUUCCAGCUUUAUCCAAGGAUAAUGACGAGUUUAGUGACUUUCAGGGGCCUGCAGAUGCCCCCGCCUCCCUCCCUUUGUCAUCCUCCUCUUCUUUCGCCUUUGGGCUCUCCUCUCAGGCCCUGGUCCAGCCUUCAUCCUCUGCCCCCAGAAGUUUUGCUGAGGAUGAUGAUGACUUUACUGACUUUGUUCAGGGGCCUAUUAAUGCUUUCACUUCCUCCAACGUUCACCUCUCCUCUCAACACCAAGUCCAGCAAUCUUUCCCUUCCACACAAUCCCUCCCUUCCUCUGUGUCCGUUCCCACUGCCACUCAACAUUCUGCUGUCAACACCAGUUCCCCAUCUACAUUUCAAGGCCCAUCACUGGAAGAGAAGCUGUUUUCUUCAUGCGAUCUUACUGCUGAUAAAACAGCCCAGGUUAGCUUUAAAUCCAAGCAGAGUUUGGCUCAAAUGGCUCCUAGAGCUAAAGUUUCAUCCCAGUUUCAAAACAGCCCUAAAGCAAGGAACUGGGGUGCAGCCCCUGAGGACUUGAGUUCCGUCUUCAUCCCAGACAAUCUACAUGAAGCCCCGGCGCCAGCACCCAACCACCCCACCUCAGCUUCUGGCCCGUCUCCUCAAACCAGUAGUGACAGUGCAGGUGUUGGAGUGUAUCCACAACAGGAGCACAUCCAGUCCAUGCUGCCAGCCUGGGUUUACAAUGACAGCCUUGUCCCAGAAAUGUUUAAGAAGGUUCUGGAGUUCACAUUGACUCCGGCGGGAAUAGACACAGCCAAGCUCUACCCAAUAUUAAUGUCAUCAGGUCUUCCCAGAGAAGCGCUGGGGCAAAUCUGGGCAUCAGCCAACCGUACAACACCUGGCAUGCUGACCAAGGAGGAGCUCUACACUGUACUUGCACUAAUCGGCGUGGCACAGAGUGGCCUCCCGGCAAUGAAUGUGGAAAUCCUCGGUCAGUUUCCCUCUCCACCCCUGCCCAACCUGCCAGCCCUGACUAUGGCUUUGGCCCCCGUCAUGCCCCAGCACCAGCAACCCAUGAUGACUCAGCCCCCGGUCUCUAUGCCCAUGCCCACACCAGCACCACCAGCCAUGGCCAUGGCACCUGCAGCACCAGCUCAGCCAUCUACAAACACAAAUUUCAUUGCUAAUUUUCCUCCUACACAGGCGACCAAAGCCGAUGAUGAUGACUUCCAGGACUUCCAGGAAGCUCCGAAGGUAGCAGCAGGAGACCAGGCCUUCUCUGACUUUCAGGGGGAGUCAGGAGGAAGUUAUCCCAGCAACAGUGCACAUCAACACCAAAACAGCACGCCUGCCAUGCUGACUCCAGUGUCCGAUUCCUCUUCCUCUGUUUUAUCCACUGACAAGUAUGCUGUGUUCAAGCAGCUAUCUGUGGAUCAGCCUGCAGAGCCAACUCUCCCUGCCUCAGACAUUGGAGACAAGUACAGUGUUUUCAGACAGCUAGAGCAGCCGGCUGACAAGAAACCAGUUGUUUCUGAUGGGGGCAGCUCUUGCAACUCCAGGGAAGGAUUUGCAGAUUUCAAAUCUGUCAGCGCUGAUGACGGCUUCACAGACUUUAAAACCGCCGACAGCGUCUCUCCACUAGAUCCUCCUGAUCAGGCAAAGAUCUUUCAACCUGCCUUUCCUUCUGCUUUCCCAAACUCUCAGUCUGUACAACAACUUCCACAGCAGCAGCAACAGCCAACAGUGUCUCUUACUCAGCCCAAAAAUCCUCUCAACAUGGCUGACCUGAACCUUUUCUCCUCUGCUCCUGCCCCCACUGAGACAAAACCCAGCACAUUCUCUGCUGUAUCCGUGACCCCCUCUUUAGUGCUCUUUCCUGGUGGAUCCAAACCUUCAGGAGGAGGGCCAGAUGAUUUUGGUGACUUUGCCCUCUUUGGCACCUCCUCUGAGACCACUCAAGCUUCAACGGCAAGAGGAGCUGCAGCAGCACCUCAGGAUGACUUUGCAGACUUCAUGGCAUUUGGCAAUUCUGGUGGAGAGCCAAAAGGUGAGAGUGGCUCUGGGGUCCAAGGGGACACUUCCUCCCAGCAGCAGCCUCAGCAGAGCUCAGACAAGUAUGAUGUAUUUAAACAGCUGUCUCUGGAAGGUGGCCUCACUUACGAUGACACCAAGGGGAGUGGUGGUGGCUCCUUUUCUUCUCUCAAGAGUGACACAGACGACUUUGCUGACUUUCAGUCAUCGAAGUUCUGCACAGCAAUCGGAGCUUCUGAAAAGACUCUUGUGGACAAGGUAGCUGCUUUCAAACAUGCCAAGGAAGACUCUGCCUCUGUCAAGUCGCUCGACCUCCCGUCCAUUGGUGGGAGCAGCGUGGGGAAGGAUGACUCUGAGGACGCACUUUCAGUGCAACUGGACAUGAAGCUGUCAGACAUGGGUGGAGACCUGAAGCACGUGAUGUCGGACAGUUCUCUGGAUUUGCCAGGUCUCUCGGCCCAUCAGCCCCCCGCUACAGAAGGAGACGACAUGAAAUUUGACCCAUUUGGGACAUCGGCCCUCAGCUCCCUGGCCAGCUAUGACUGGUCAGACCGGGAAGAAAGUCUGCCCGUUGAGGUCAGAAGGCUACAGGGCUUGGAACGAGCUUCCCUCCCAUCUUUAGUCCCAUCCCAGAGGAAAGAGCUGAGCUUCGGCAGCACUGAAAACAUCACAAGUGGCUCUGUCGCUAAGAUCACCACCUCCCUAACCACAGAGGAUGGCUCAUCUGCAGGUGACAAGUCUGAGCUUUUUGCAGACUUUGGCUCCAGUGACCAAGGCGGUGUUGAUGAGGAGGAUGAUUUUGGAGACUUUGCCAGUACUGUGUCUGAAAAGUCUGACUCUCCCGCUGCUGUUGGCGAGGCAGGCUCAGAAGGAAACCAAAGCGAGGCCGCAGAUGAGUUUGGCGCCUUCCAAGGGGAUAAGCCCAAGUUUGGCAAGUCUGACUUUCUCAAAGCCAGCACUCAGGCUAAAGUCAAGUCCAGUGAAGAGAUGAUCAAAAACGAGCUGGCAACCUUUGACUUGUCUGUUCAAGGCUCUCACAAACGCAGUCACAGUUUGGGUGAGAAAGAAAUCGGCCGGUCGCCACCGUCUCCAGCUCCAGAGCAGCCUUUCAGAGACCGAUCCAACACUCUGAGCGAGAGGCCCGCCUUGCCUGUCAUCAGAGACAAGUACAAAGACCUGACUGGGGAGGUGGAGGAGAGUGAGCGUUAUGCAUAUGAGUGGCAGAGGUGUCUGGAAAGUGCUCUGGAGGUCAUUACCAAAGCUAACAACACUCUGAACGGCAUCAGCAGCUCUUCUGUUUGCACCGAGGUCAUCCAGUCUGCUCAGGGCAUGGAGUAUCUACUGGGUGUGGUGGAGGUGUAUCGUGUGACCAGGCGAGUGGAGCUGGGCAUCAAGGCCACAGCAGUGUGCUCAGAGAAGCUGCAGCAGCUGCUGAAGGACAUCAGCCGCGUGUGGAACAACCUAAUCAGCUUCAUGUCGCUGGCCAAGCUCGCUCCUGAUGAAAGCUCCCUAGAUUUCUCCUCCUGUAUUCUGAGGCAUGGCAUCAAGAACGCCAAGGAGCUGGCUUGUGGAGUUUGUCUGCUCAACGUUGAUGCUCGCAGCAAGAACAAAGAUGGAAACGCUAUUGGACGUCUGUUUAAACGAGCGUUCAGCUCGGAGACAGACAACUUCAAGCUGCUGUAUGGGGGCCACCAGUACCACGCCAGCUGUGCUAAUUUCUGGAUUAACUGCGUAGAGCCCAAACCCCCGGGCCUCAUCCUGCCUGACCUGCUCUGAGCUGCCAUGGUAACAGCGCGGGGACUAAUUAACAUCAGAUAGGCGGACUGGGCGGUCUGCUUGUGUUGAGAAGAGAAGGACGUUUAAAGUCACUGGAUCCUGCUGUAUUAUUCCUUUUUAAAUUUAGCUUUUGGUGAACUCAGCUGUCAGUCUUUACAGCUGUGUCCACUCAGGUCAGCUGUUGAGGUCAUAUUUAAAUCUGUAACUAAUGCUGCUUGAUUUCUUCUGAUUGUCACUGCAGAGAGUUAAUAUUACAAAAUCACUAUGAGAAGGCCGAAAUUAAAUUAUUAGGUGUGCAAUAUUUAAAAAAAACUAACAGAUGUCUAUAAACAUCUUAAGUUUUUAAUGUCUUGUUUCUUUGCGUUCAUGACUCCCUUUCCUGCCUCUGAAGCAGUCAUCAGUCAGCUACUGUACUUGAAUUACAUUAUUGCGGCAGGUCUGUUUGAUGAAACUCUGGCUGUUAUGAUUUUAAUGUCUUUGAAAAACAUUUAAACUCACUGCUGUGCUACAAGACAGUUCUCCUUUUAUGCAUUGUGUUAAAUUAACUGCUCUGAAUGUCUUGCAUUGUGGGAAACUUUAAACAGCUUUUGGGGAAUUAAUUUGUAUUUUAUAGAUAUUUAGGCACAUGGGCAGAACAGAUGGGACUUAAAGGAAUAAUGUUAAAGGUUUUUCUGUAUUCAUGUGUGCAGAUUUGAAAAAGUCCGAUGAAUGUCUGAAAAAGUUGAUUGAAAUUAAAUUGCAGCUGAAUUUCCUGUAUAUUACAGUGUUAUGCUGUAGCCUUGUAAUUAUCACCAACUAUAAUUUAAAUGUGAAGUAAAUAAACAAGUGUGUUGACAGGUUAGUGUCACAGAUUACUGGUCUGACUUUGGAUGGUUUACAAAUUUUUUUAAGGUUGUAAAUUCAAAUGCCUAUAUAUACUGCAUAUAACAAAAAUGCACAUACACUAUAUUUGACAUAUAUAUCUAUAUAUAUGUAUAUGUGUAUUAUAUUCACUAUAUGUGCUUUCUUGUUGGAAGCACAUUUAUUUCUGCUUUUAUCUACAUUUCUUAUCUACAUUAAACUUUAUUCAGUGGGUUUUCUGAUGGGUUUUUUUUUUGUAAAUGUACUUUCUCCGAGACCGGGGAGCCUCAUCAUUUCCAUCACUUUGCCUCAAAAUGGAAUAAAUUCUCCUCCAACAAGUCUGCCAGCUUCACUGGCAGUUUAGCUCAGCCAAUCAGGUGACAUGUCUCGGGGCGCUGUGAAACCUGUCUCAUUAUCAUUCUCACACUCUUCAGGUGUGUUCUCAAACAUUCAUUUUAUCUCUUGCCGUUCCCUAAUUUAUUUCCUGCAAGAAAAUGAAUUCCUCUCCUCUCACGGUGAACACCAGGAUUACAGAAAAUUACAAAUGCUGAAAUCAAUUACUGAACAAGGCUGCGCAUCUCAACAUGCAGCAUGUAUUGCUCCUUUCAGUGUCUUUCAUCUUUACUCCUAUUCCUUGCAAUGCCGUGCUAAAACGAUCACUUUGAGAGCGAUGUGAUGAAACUGAUACUGCACUAUAUUGACUUCUUCUAUUUUGUUCUGCAUAUCCAUGGCCAUCACAGUUGAUUAAAAACAGCUGCCCCUGCAAGCUUCCCUGA